AUGUCCAAGGAGACUGAUAGCGAUUCAGAGCCGCGGCAGCUUCAAUACAAGGUGAUUAUUUUGGGUGAUGGCGCUGUGGGCAAGACAUCGAUUGCGAUGCGGCAUACGGAGGAUAAUUUUUUAACUACAUACAAGCAAACAAUUGGUUUGGACUUUUUUCUCAAGCGCAUGGCGAUGCCAGAUGACACGCAAGUGACUUUGCAGAUUUGGGACAUUGGUGGUCAGAGUAUCGGCGGCAAGAUGCUCAAAAAUUAUAUUUAUGGAGCGCAGGCCGUCUUGCUGGUAUACGACAUCACCAAUUACGAGAGUUUUCAGAAUCUCGAAGAUUGGUAUCGACUCGUUCGUCGCACUUUUGACGACGAGCGAAUGCCGUACGUUGCGCUCGUGGGCAACAAAUCGGAUUUAAAUCAUCUUCGUGCCGUAAAGGAUACCAAACACAAACAGUUUACAGAGGAAAAUGACCUUAAGAGCUACUUGGUAUCCGCAAAAACCGGCGACGAGGUGAACACGACAUUUCGCCAAGUGGCAGCAGACCUAGCAGGCAUUGCACUUACCAAAGCGGAUUUAGAGAGGGAAGUACCUGUUCUCAAAGCUCAGAUCAUUAAUCACGAGCAGAAUGACCCGGACGUGAAAACAACAGAUAUUCGCAGCACCAACUCUAAAUGCAGUAUUCAAUAG